AUGCCGUUGCAAUUUUCCGAGCUGAACUACCAAUGUAUGAUUGGGGCUGCUUUCAGAGUCUGCGCUGAAGUCGGUGAGCAGGCGCUGCCGUGGGCAGAAGAGAUUCUUAGCUGGUGCAAGAAGCAGACGCAUACCAUCACCGCAUUUGAGUAUGGACCCCUUCUGGUGCUCUUUGAGCAGUGCAGGCAGCGCGAUCGAGUGGACAGGCUGUUGUUUAAGAUUAUACAGACAAAGGGGCAGUCUCUGAAUGAAGUCCAUCUUGGCAGUCUAAUCAAUGCCGCAGGCAGCGACUGGAAAAGAGUUGAGACGAUCUGGGACCUGCUGGUGAACCAGUCAUCGUUGAAACCAAAUAUCAUCUGCUACAGAGCUCGGAGUAAGGCACAUCUUCUGGCAGGAAGGCCAGCCACAGCUGCAAAGAUCAUACGAGACAUAGGUGCAGCUGGAAUGCCAACCGAUUCUGCGCGGACAGUAACAACGCACCUUCAAGCGAUGUUGAUCGUAUCCCAUGCAGAGCUCACUAAAGCCAACAAGCGGCAGUUGAAAAAGUGUCUAUCUGUCGCAGGGGAUGUUGAUCUGAGCGAGGCUGGCAAAGGACUUGCGGCCAAGUUGAAACAGCUGAUCAAAGUGGCAGAGAAGCUGCUGUCGAAUCCUUCUUCUUUGCGCUUUGCCGACUUGCUUGUCCUUCAGUUUGCUCAGGAAGGCGCAAUGGGGAGUUGGCCCCAAUAUGCAGCCGGCUCUAAGUAUCUGGCCAAAGAGGAGUCUGAGAGGGAGAAAGUACGAGCCUUCCCUUGCCGUAGAUUGAGAUUUUUGAUCAGAUGCAAAGCAGUAAGCGACUGGAAAAGGCAUCCCGCCAAGACGACUAGAACUUAA